ACACCCAGAAGAUCUUCAGAGAACCCAGUUAUAGAAACGGAAGUGGAAAUGACGCCUCUUCAUGCCGUGUCAAAGGUUAUUAGCUGCCCUUAUACUUCCUUUAUUGUUGGUGACGGCCAUUGAAUACUAUCGAAAUGGGAAAGUUUAUGAAAGCAGGGAAGGUGGUUUUGGUACUGGCAGGACGAUAUGCUGGACGUAAGGCUGUCAUCGUGAAGAACCAUGAUGAUGGCACUGCUGACAGACCAUACAGUCAUGCCUUAGUGGCAGGAAUCAACCGAUAUCCUCGUAAGGUCACCGCCCCAAUGGGGAAGAAAAAGAUUGCCAAGCGGUCCAAGAUUAAGACUUUUGUGAAGGUGUUCAACUAUAAUCAUCUUAUGCCAACUAGAUACUCUGUUGAUAUUCCCUUGGAUAAGACUGUUGUCAACAAAGAUAUUUUCAGGGAUCCAGUACUGAGACGCAAAGCUAGAAGAGAAGCCAAAGUCAAGUUUGAGGAAAGAUACAAGACUGGCAAAAACAAAUGGUUCUUCCAGAAGCUCCGAUUCUAAGCUCAAAAAUUGGCUCUACAUUAAAUAAACAUUUAUUUAAAACAA